AGUACCUGAUCACCUUCCCAAUCCACAGCCCUCCCAAAACGAUUCUGAUUGCCGAUGGAACAGGAUUACGUAUAAGAGAAAGACGUAGCCGAAUGGUUUGUCUUGGGCAAAUGGCUAUUUCGUUGAGACCGUCUUCCGUCCCUUUCCCUCUCGCUCUCGCUCCAAGGUCCCCAAGAAUGGCUUCCACCUUCAGCAACAACUGCAAGUCGACUUCUUUUGCUCCACCGAGCCCGUCCCACGCCGACCGAAGGCGACCCAUCUUGCUCUUCGACAUCAUGGACACGAUCGUGCGCGACCCUUUUUACCAGGAUGUCCCUGCCUUCUUCGGAAUGCCUUUGAAGGAAUUGAUAGAAUGCAAGCACCCAACUUCAUGGAUUGAGUUCGAAGAGGGAGUAAUUGACGAGAUGGAACUGGCGAGAAAAUUCUUCAAAGAUGGAAGGCCUUUGGAUUUGGAAGGCCUUAAAACAUGCAUGAGAAGGGGAUAUUCCUAUCUUGAAGGAAUUGAGGAACUUCUUCAUGAAUUAAAAGAAAACGGUUAUGAGAUGCAUGCUUUCACCAACUACCCUAUCUGGUAUGAAAUGAUUGAGGAAAAGUUGACAAUAUCGAGAUACUUAUCCUGGACAUUUUGUUCAUGCAUAAAUGGAAAAAGGAAGCCUAAUCGGGAUUUCUAUUUGGAUGCUCUGCAACACCUGAAAGUGGAUCCACCUAGCUGUGUCUUCAUUGAUGACAGGCUAAGGAAUGUGGAGGCCGCAUUGGAAGUUGGCAUUGUUGGUAUACAGUUUAGGAGUGCAGAUCUGUUGCGCAAUGAUCUCUUUGAACUCGGGAUUGAUUUUUCAGCAAGUAAGCAUUCUAGUAGUCAGAACCAGCUUAAGCUUACAAAAGACCAGGCAUCUUGACCAAACAUACUUGGUGGAGUCUGCAUCAAGAACCGAUUCUUGUUUACUUUUGGUAUAACGCAUUCUUUGCGACCUUUUUCGUUCAGCAAAACGAUAAGGUUUAGUAAUGUUGGCCUGCUCCGACCAGAUUUGAAGGUACUAGAAUGUAUUAGAAAGUUUCUCCUAUGUCUGAAAACCAUGAAAUCCAUCUCUCCAUUUAUAAUAUAAGUACAGAUUUUUUCUAGAUACGCCUUCUGACUGUUAUUGUCAAAGCUUCUCAUGUGACAAUCCAAGGCGUUCCAUGGCCAAAACCUAUAUCUAAGGGAAAACGUAAAUGGCAGACUAGAGCUAGAGUCAUGCGAAUUAGCAGAAAACAG